AUGUUAGACUUUUUUUACAUUCUUACCAAAGGUGGUCUUGUUUUAUGGUGUAUACCAUCAUUAGCUACCGAAUUUACUACAAUUGUUAAUCAUGCGAUUGAUAAAGCUGUCUUACAAGGCCAAGGUAAUUUACAAAAAUGGCUUACACCAUCAAGCUCUCAUCAAAUUCAUUACAAAUUAGAUAAUGAAUAUCACCUUGUUUUUAUUCUUGGUUAUCAAAAAACAUUAAAUAUAUCGUAUGCUGAUAAAUUUUUGGAUGAAAUACAAAAACGUUUUCGUGAUCAAUAUAAAGAAGAUUUAACGAGAGGGGGUUUUAGUCGAUCAUUUCUAUUUCGUGCUACAUACGAAGACGUUCUUUUUGAAGUUGAACAUUCUGAAGAAGAUGUUAAAAAAACUAAUCGCCGGCCUCGUUCCUAUGAAGAGUCUGAUAAAAAACAAAAAACAAUUAAGAUAGUAACAAAAGAAGGUAAUGUAGCUACAGAUGAAAAUAAAAAACCCAAAGUAAAUGCACCAUCAAAUAAACAAUCGAAAAUUGCCGUAUCAAAAUCAAAAGCAUCGAAAAGUAAAGAAAACCAAAUGACAACUCCUCCAAAUGCAAGUAAAAUUGAUUAUUCGAAAGAUGCAGAUGCUGAAAAAGUCGAAACUAAACGAGUAACAACCAACGCUCCAGUUACUACUCGACCUGAACAAGGAGAUUUAGAGGUCAUGGUUGUUGAAGCAUCGAGUAUCACAUCUGGUUUAGUCGAUGGUUUUUGGUCAAAAUUAAAAAAAGUCAAUAUUUUUGCAUCAAAAACAUUAACAGCUGAAGAUUUACGUACAGGCUUUGAUACAAUGCGUGAGCAUCUUGUAUCAAAAAAUGUUGCUUCUGAUGUAGCUGAAAAAAUUUGUGAAUCUGUUUCAAGUAAAUUAACUGGAAAAACAUUAGGUUCAUUUGAAAGUCUUACAACAAAUAUUCGUCAAGCAAUGCGAGAUACAUUAGUUAUGAUUUUAACACCUCAACGACGUAUUGAUAUUCUUCGAGAUGUUGUUGAUGCACAAAAAGCAUGUCGUCCAUAUACUAUUACAUUUUGUGGUGUUAAUGGUGUUGGUAAAUCAACAAAUUUAGCUAAAGUUGCUUAUUGGCUUACUGGAAAUGAUUUACGUGUUUUAAUUGCUGGUUGUGAUACAUUUCGUGCUGGUGCAAUUGAACAAUUGAAAACACAUGUUGCCCGUUUAAAUAAUAUCUUUAAUGAAAAAGAAUUACCAAUGAUAGAAUUAUAUGAACGUGGUUAUGGAAAAGAUGCAGCUGGUAUUGCUGCUCAAGCAAUUAAUUAUGCGAAGCUAAAUAAAUUUGAUGUUGUUUUAAUUGAUACAGCUGGUCGAAUGCAAAAUGAUGAACCAUUAAUGACUGCAUUAGCUAAAUUAAUUCAUGUUAAUAAUCCGGAUUUAGUUUUAUUUGUUGGUGAAGCAUUAGUUGGAAAUGAAGCUGUUGAUCAAAUAAUUAAAUUUAAUCAAGCACUUAUUGAUCAUGCACAUUUACAAAGUAAUCCACACGUUAUUGAUGGUAUUGUUUUAACUAAAUUUGAUACAAUUGAUGAUAAAGUUGGAGCUGCUAUUUCAAUGACGUACACAACUGACAAACCAAUUGUUUUUGUUGGUAUUGGACAACAAUAUCAAGAUCUUAAAACAAUUAAUGCGGAUGUUGUUACUGAAGCUCUUUUAAAAUAA